AUGUCAGUGUGGUACUUCUGGAAGGAACUCCAUGUGAUGCUUGAACAUGAAAGGGAAGCCUUCUACCCUUUGAACAAUACAGAACUUCACCCAUUUAACACUGAAGAAAAUGGCGGAUCACCAUUCACUACAAAACUAUCGGGAAGACACCACCACCACCACCAUCACCACCACCACCACCACUCCAACUAUGGAGCACUCUCUCCUCCUGACAGCAAGGAUGCUGUUGCUGGCACUCCAAGUCCAAACAGAGUUCCUCGCCAUUAUGACAACGUGUCUCCCCGUUUAAAGAAGAUGGAAGUGGAGACAGUGAAAGUCAUAGGGCCUUGGUCAGCUCUGCACAUCAACAUGAACAAGGAUCACCCAUGUGACAAAUUCAGGGAGGAAGAGGAAGAACCAGCCAAAGGAAGCCAUGGUGUUGAAUAUUACAGGGAAAAGGUGGAUAGAAAUGUGACAAAGUCCUUUCUGGAACAAAAGGUUGGAAAAGAAGAAACUUCUUUGGUAAAUCCUACUAGGACUUCCAGCCUACAGGACCCUAAUGUGAGAAACCUAGGUCCUUUAUGGCCAGAGACGACACAGACAAGCAGUGUACCAGACAAGCAGGAUGUUAAAGUACCGCGUGUGAGAAAACUGAUGAGGCAGUACAGUUUUGAUGAAGAUGAUCUUCCCCCAGCACUGGCAGCAGCGGUAGCAGCAUCUCCACCACUCUCAUCAGCAUCUCCUACAUCACAGAAGACAAAUUCAGAGGGACAUUUUUCAUUGUGUGCAAAGAGCCCCACAGAUACUGGAAGUACAUUUGCCUUGGAGCCUGGAGAUCUGCUGAUGGAUUUCACAGAAGCCACACCAAUGAUAAAGGCACUCCCUGCUGCUACAUCUAAUCCCUUUUUCGAUUCUUUUCCAACACUACCACAGUUUUCUGCAGAAUUUAUAGACAGCAGGCUACAAUGCUGUGUAGUACAGUCAUCUCCAAAGAUGUUAUCGCCAGUUACCCCAACACCUGUGACAAAGUCUCUGGUGGAAACCAUUCCAACUGCAACUGUGCAGACCAUCUAUUCAUCUCAUAAACCAAUUUCUCUGGCAGACAGUGCAGAGACUCUGAGGCGUGAACUUGAGCGAGAAAAGUUGAUGAAAAGACUGCUGAUGACAGAAUUAUGAAAAUUCUCACUUCUGUUUCACACGGAGAAUGGAUUGGGGCCUUUUCUGUGCCUUCUGUCUGUUUACAUUCCUCUGCUUGUGUGUACGCAACAUAAUGUAUCAUGACAAUAUUAUAUAUUCCAAUCCUGGAUUAAUCACAGUUGACUAAAAUAGUUUAACAUAAAAUUCAAGGACUUUAUUUGCAUAUUUGAUACUAUGGUGAUCCAAAGAACCAUGAAAAAAUCAGUUUUUUUAGUCCAAAUGGGGGUUUAGGUUUGUUUUUCCCCUCAGACAGCAGCCCCUCCCUAUUCUUCAUGGCAAACUGCAUUUGAAACCGAGAGUAGUUUCAAAAACAGCUUGUAAGCCUACUGUUCCAACAGAAAAAAAAGUUCUUUAAAAACUCCUUUGGACUAGUCUAAGCCCCCUCCAUGAGCUUAAGCAUCUCUUCAGAUCCCUGCGUAUGAUUCCUUCUGCCUUUUAUUUCUCCCUAAUAUUAGGAUAUUAUAUACUACAAAAACUGAAUUGAGGCUAAUUUUUGGCAAGUCUAGCGCAAAAAAGAACACCAAGGAGAUAUAUAUAUUGCUUUCUAUUCAGAAACAAUACCCUGUAUAUAUGUUAAUAAAUGCACAUGAAUAAUCAGAAUAUUUUGAUAGCAUAUACAAAAUAUCAUUUUGUAGAUCUGAAAACUGCAUCAGUCUACUGUUUGUUUAUUUGUUUUUUUUAAAAAAAACAUGGCUGUUUGUUACAGAUGAAUGGC